CUGUCUAGGUGUAAGCACUGGAACUAUCCCGAGACUUUGCCGACUGUCUCAGUUGUCAUUGUUUUCCACAAUGAAGGAUGGACGCCCUUACUAAGAACCGUACAUUCUGUACUGCUUCGGUCUCCGCCUCAGCUCAUCAAGGAGAUUGUUAUGGUUGAUGACUAUUCAAGUAAAGAGCAUCUGAAAGAGAAAUUGGAUAAAUACGUCAAAAGAUUCAAUGGAAAGGUGAAUUCACAUAGUGUUUUGAUGAAAAUUGUUGCAAUAUCAGUCAAAGUUCGUCUCGUGCGCACUGAGGAUCGAGAGGGACUGAUUCGUGCUCGUACGAUCGGUGCGAAGCAUGCUACUGCAGACGUGGUCAUCUUUCUUGAUGCCCACUGUGAAGUUAAUACAAACUGGUUACCUCCACUUCUGGCUCCUAUCAAACAUAAC